AGUCGUCCCUGUUCUAUACCCCCUUCUUCCAUCUUCUUCUGCUCUCGGCUGCUCUGCCCACAAGAAUUUUCUUUUCAACCCCCGUCGUUAUUGACCUGAAUCCAGUGCAGGAAAACUCUUUUUUUUAACUAAAAAUUUUAUUUUGUUUUGUUUUUUUCACGGACGGGAGAGUCAAAAUGAUCUGAAAAUGUCAGAUGCCAAAUGGGGAUCAAUCUCGAUCUGACGUUGAAGGAUGUCCCAAGCUGAUGUCACUUACAGUUGUGGCUCUUGUGGAUAUCCUCUCAACUUGAUAUCAUCCAACCAUCUGACUUCUGGAAUUGGCUCCGGGUACAGUAAAAAGAUCAAGAAAGGUUUCAUCUCCUUUACAUCCAUUGACCUUAGCCGGUUCACUCAAGUCGAUGAAGUAAACUGUCUUCCUAUUCCUAUUGGCUUUAGUCGCUCAAAAACCAAACUUCUCUGCCGGAACUGUGGAGAAAUAAUUGGUUAUGGCCUUUGCAAGAUUAAAAAUGGAGGAACUUUCUGAUGAUUGCUUAAGUUUGAUAUUUCAACACCUGGAUUGUGGCUUCGACCGUGAAUCCUUCGGUUUGACCUGCCACCAUUGGCUAAGGAUUCAAAAUUUAUCCCGAAGAUCUUUGCAGUUUCACUGCUCACUCAAUCUCCUGAAUGUUUUGCCUCCAGCAACUCAUUCCAGCAUCAGUACCUCCCAUUUGUCUAAAUUACUGAACCGUUUUCAAAGCCUGCAAUCUUUGUCACUCUCUGGAUGUACCGAGCUCCCUGAUUCAGACGCAGGGUUGGAAGUGUUGUCCAAGUCUUGUCUUUCUCUGGAGGACAUAAACCUUGCUUACUGUU